UAAUAUUCAUAAACCAAGCCUUUACCGUAGUAGGAUUCAUAAUUUGUCCAGCGGUCCCAAGCGAGUGUCCUCUUAUGGAAGUGCGGUAACACGAGACAAUGAGGCUCCGCAUAUUAUCUUAUGACUGGGAUUGUUCAGAGAGCGACAGACAAACGCGUUUCACCGGACCGCACGGAAAACACGACUAACAGCCACAGUGAAUGUCAGUAUGAGAUGUCGUCCCUCAGCGCUAGCUUCGUUCAGAUCCGUUUCGAUGACAUCCGCUUCUAUGAGAACUGCGGCGGUGGGAGUUUUGGGAGCGUGUACCGGGCACACUGGAUCUCACAGGACAAAGAAGCGGCUGUCAAAAAACUGCUGAAGAUUGACACUGAGGCUGAGAUUCUGAGUGUCCUGAGCCACAAAAAUAUUAUUCAGUUCUACGGAGCCAUUCUGGAAGCGCCCAACUAUGGCAUUGUCACAGAAUAUGCCAGCAGAGGAUCACUGUAUGAAUAUUUGUCCAGUGUUGACAGUGAGGAGAUGGAUAUGGAUCAAGUAAUGACCUGGGCAAUGGAUAUUGCUACAGGAAUGCAUUAUUUACAUGCCGAGGCCCCUGUGAAAGUCAUUCAUAGAGACCUGAAGUCAAGAAAUGUUGUGUUAACUGCAGACAAUGUAUUAAAGAUCUGUGAUUUUGGAGCAUCUAAGUUGGUUUCUCACACAACGCACAUGUCUCUGGUGGGCACCUUCCCUUGGAUGGCCCCUGAAGUGAUCCAGAGUCUGCCCGUCUCAGAAACAUGUGACACCUACUCAUAUGGCGUGGUAUUGUGGGAGAUGCUGACCAGAGAAGUGCCAUUUAAAGGUUUUGAGGGUUUGCAGGUGGCCUGGUUGGUGGUGGAAAAACAUGAGAGGCCGACCAUUCCCAGCAGCUGCCCCGCUAGCUUUGCAGACCUGAUGAGAUGCUGCUGGAUUGCAGAGCCCAAGGAAAGGCCACAGUUCAAACAGAUCCUGAGCACCCUAGAGACCAUGAAAAAUGACAGCAAACUGCCCGACCAAUGCAACUCCUUCUUACAUAACAAAGCAGAGUGGAGGUGUGAGAUUGAGGAGACGCUGGAACGCUUAAAGCAGUUGGAGAUGGAGUUGAGCUGUAAGGAACAGGAGCUGGCAGAAAGAGAAAGACGACUGACAGAGUGGGAAAACAGACUUAUGGAAAGAUCCAGAUCCUGCACUCCUCUGUUUUCACAUAUUUCCCCCUUGGCAGCCACUCUCAGUGCGGAGUCCUUCUAUGAGGCUCAUAUGGAGGAGAGCAAAAGCUCUGAGAUCAGCUGUCAGAUUUCAUCAACCUGCAGUAACGGGGAUCUGGGCCAGGCCAGCCUACAGAAGCUCAUGCUGGGGUUCGGGGGCGUCUUUGACCUGGAUAUGAACAUUCCCAGUGGUAACCUCAUCAGCCAAUCAGGGAUGCAGUUGAACAUGCAAGCAAAGAAGAAUUCCUCCAAGUCCUGCAGUGUUCGUGAGGGACGCAAACUGAACAUGGCCAUCACCAUGGACGACUUUGGCUGGUCUGAUGACGACAGUGAUUAGUGGAGGGCAGCACGGUACGAUAGGGCGGGGUUAGAUGGGGUCAGAGCCGGUCCAAGCAAGGUCAAAUGUCGAGAGUCAGAGCUAGCAAAAUCAGGAAUUUAUAGUUUAAACUGUAACGAUUGAUCUGAAUAUUUUAAAAGAUUGUUGCACCCAUGUGUGGUAUGUUUCAGUGAAAAAAAACAUGCAUUACUUGAUCCAGAGCAGAAUAUUACGCUACCCUGUUAGCAGUAGGGCUGCUGUUCUGAAUAUACCGGCUAACCAGUAUAAAUACCCUUUGAUAAAUAGCAAGGCAAGCACGAUGAAUGAUACUGCGUUGUAAUUGGGAAGAUACAGGGUACUGCAUAAAUGCCCAUAAAUGGCAGGAUUUACCAUUGGUAGAAGGGAUUUACCUCUGCCUUCUCUGAGUGAGACACCAGAUCAUACCGAGAUUUCCCGUGAGACACAUUAACAGUAUUUAUAAAGUGUGAUGUGAGAUUUAAUGGGAUUUCUGAAGCUGUGUUUUUGUAAAG